AUGCCCUCCUGGGCCCUCUUCAUGGUCACCUCCUGCCUCCUCCUGGUCCCUCCAAACCUGGCACAAGUCACCAGCCAAGAUGUCUCCUUGAUGACCUCGGAUUCAGAACCCCUGAACUGUUUCUCCCAAACAUUUGAGGACCUCACUUGCUUCUGGGAUGAGGAAGAGGCAGGACCCAGUGAGACAUAUCAACUGCUAUAUGCCUAUCCAGGCGAGGAGCCCCGCACCUGCCCUCUGAUCUCUCAGAGCGUGCCCCACUUUGGGACCCGUCAUGUGUGCCAGUUUCCAGCCCAGGAUGAAAUACGUCUCUUUUUUCCACUGCAUCUGUGGGUGAAGAACGUGUUCCUGAACCAGACUCUGAUGCAACGAGUGAUCUUUGUGGAUAGUGUGGGUCUACCGGCUCCCCCCCAUAUCAUCAAGGCCAUGGGUGGGAGUCAGCCAGGGGAACUUCAGAUCCGGUGGGAAGCCCCAGCACCUGAAAUCAGUGAUUUCCUGAGGCAUGAACUCCGCUAUGGCCCUGCAGAUCCCAGGAACUCCACUGGCCCCACAGUUAUACAGCUGCUCCCCACUGAAACCUGCUGCCCUACCCUGCCAAGGCCAAAUCCCGCCUCCACCCUACACCAGUCUCCAUGUGCUCUGCCCACAGCAACCCAACAGGAUGGACCAACAGAGACCUCUCCAACUGGAGAAGCUCCAUCUCUGAAAGUCAGGGGUGGAAGUUGCCUCAUCUCAGGGCUCCAGCCUGGCAAGUCCUAUUGGCUCCAGUUGCGUAGCCAGCCUGAUGGGGUCUCCCUCCGUGGUUCCUGGGGAUCCUGGUCUUUACCUGUGACUGUGGACCUUCCCCGGGAUGCAGUGACAAUUGGGCUUCAAUGCUUUACCUUGGACCUGAAGAAUGUUACCUGUCAGUGGCAGCAACACAACCAUAAUAGCUCCCAAGGCUUCUUCCACCACAGUAAAACACGGUGCUGUCCCAGAGACAGGGACCCUGUCUGGGAGAAGUGUGAAGAAGGGGCAAAACCAAAUCCAGGAUUACAGCCUCCUCAGCUCUCUCGCUGCCACUUCAGGUCACGGAAUGACAGUGUUAUUCACGUGCUUGUAGAGGUGACCACAGCCCAGGGUGCUGUUCACAGCUACCUAAGAUCCCCUUUCUGGAUCCACCAGGCUGUACUCCUCCCCACCCCAAGCUUGCACUGGAAGGAGGUGUCCAGCGGGCAGCUGGAGUUGGAGUGGCAGCACCCAUCCUCCUGGGCAGCCCAAGAGACCUGCUAUCAACUUCGAUACACGGGAGAAGGCCAUCAGAACUGGAAGGUGCUGGAGCCGCCUCUAGGGGCCCGGGGAGGAAGCCUGGAGCUGCGACCCCGAUCCCGCUACAGCCUACAGCUGCGCGCCCGGCUCCACGGUCCCACCUACCGGGGCCCGUGGAGCGCUUGGUCUGACCCUACGAGGGUGGAGACGGCCUCGGAGAGCGCCUGGAUCUCCUUGGUGACGGCUCUGCUCCUGGUGCUGGGCCUCAGUGCCCUCCUGGGCCUGCUGCUGCUGAGGUGGCAGUUUCCCGUGCACUACAGGUACGGUCCCUGCCAAGGAGGAGAAGGGCAGGGGCCCGGCCUGGCCCCGGAGCCUGGUUUAGAGGCCGCAUCCUAG